UUGCCCCCUUCCUUCCAUCCCCUCCCUCGGGCUGUUUCCCCAGUGGGUGGGUGCCCCCUCCUCUUCCUCGCAGAGUGACCUUCCUCGUCUCCAAUCCCGCUUCCUCUCCCGGGCCCAUCGCUCCACCUUCCCCCCCUCCAGCCUCCGGGAUCGCCCCCUCCCCUUUUGAAGGGGGGGGGUAGGAAAGGGCGGGAGCAGUUUGGGAAGGAGGAGCGACGUGGAGCUGCGCCCUGAUUUCGCCUUUGCUUUACUCCGGGGAGAGAAGCCGCAGCUGGGCAUGCUUUGAGUAGGGGAGGGAAGCGGGCCGGCGGAGCCCCGGAGCAACGGCGGCCAUAACUUCGGCCCCCCCCCUCCAAUGCUGGUAUUAGUGGUGGCUACCCUACAGGAGGAUGACUAUGAUGGGAGAUGCAAGUGAGAUGUUGGCUGCAGCUCUGGAGCAGAUGGACGGCAUUAUUGCAGGGUCCAAAGCGCUGGAAUACUCCAAUGGCUUGUUUGAUUGCCAGUCCCCAACUUCUCCAUUCAUGGGGAGCCUACGUGUCCUCCACCUGGUGGAAGAUCUCCGUGGUUUGCUGGAGAUGAUGGAAAUGGAUGAGAGAGAAGGUCUGAGGUGCCAGGUCCCCGAGUCAACGGCCGAGAUUUUGAUGGAAUGGCUGCAAAACCAAAUGGUGAGACAGAUUAAUGGACAUUUGUCUGCUAACGGAGACGUCUACCAGGAGCGGCUGAGCCGGCUGGAAAGCGAUAAGGAAUCCCUGGUUCUGCAGGUGAGUGUCCUCACUGACCAAGUGGAUGCUCAAGGAGAGAAGAUCAGAGAUCUGGAGUUGUCCCUGGAAGAAAACAGAGAGAAGCUGAAUUCAACGGAAGAAAUGUUACAGCAGGAGCUCCUAAGCAGGACAUCUCUUGAAACUCAGAAGCUGGAUCUCAUGGCCGAGGUCUCCAACCUGAAGUUGAAGCUGACCGCUGUGGAAAAGGACAGGAUGGAUUACGAAGGCAGGUUCGGAGAUGCAGAUGAUUUGAUGCAGGAAGUUAAUGAUUUGCGCUUAAAAGUAGGAGAAAUGGACAGGGAAAGACUUCAGUAUGAGAAAAAGCUUAAGUCUACCAAAGAAGAGCUAUCGUCUUUAAAAGAGAAAUUAGAACAGAAGGAAUUGGAGAUAAAAAGAUUGCAUGAGAAACUGGUUUUGCAAGUCAAAGAAGACAUCGAGAUAAACGACAAAGAUGACAAUUGUAAAAAGAAGCUGAAAGACAAAAAUGUUGAGGUUCAAAAGAUGAAGAAGGCAGUGGAAUCGCUACUGGCAGCAAAUGAAGAAAAGGAUCGGAAGAUUGAGGAGCUUCGCCAGUCCCUCAAUCGCUACAAGAAGGUGCAGGAUAUGGUCAUUUUGGCUCAAGGGAAGAAAGGCAAGGAUGAUGAUAGCGAGGAAUCUGAGAGCCCAGUAUCCGUUUCCUCCAUUUUGUUGGAACCACAGAAUCUAAGUGAAGCUGAGAAAAGUCCCUCUUCUACCCCGCUGUUGCGUUCUCCGAACCACGAAGACUUGAGCACAACAGAUCCCGAAGAGAAUUCCACCCAGCUCCACACCAGCGUCUUGCAAGUUUCCAUCCCUUCUUUUUCACCGUCGUUCAGACGUUCAGAAGAACAAACUGAAAGAGGAAACGUCUCACCCAAGAUGGAAAUUGAAAGUGAAAGCAGUGAGAAACACCAGCCGAUGAUUUGCCUAGAAACCCAGCUAAGUGAUACAAAAAUUUCAGCUCUUCAAAAAUCUAGCAGUCUUGGAAACUUGAAGAAAGACUCCUCAGAGAAUAAACCGCUGGCGGAGAGUAGCAAAUACGUAACCCUUCCUUGCAAAUCUCCGGGCGAAGAAGAUGCGUUCGGAUCUCGCAAAGCGCGGUCGUCCUUCGGCCGAGGUUUUUUCAAGAUCAAAAGUAACAAAAGGACAGCAAGCGCACCUAAUUUGGCAGAGACUGAGAAAGAAUCUCCUGAUCACUUAGACCUGGCUGGUUUUCCUCCUCCAUCCAAAGGGGCAGAAGGAGGACCACUUACUCCACCUUCUCCUGACUCCAAGAAGAAAGCGAGAGGAAUCAAGAAGUUGUUUGGCAGACUAAGAAGAAGCCAGUCAACCACAUUUAAUCCAGAAGACAUGGCGGAAACCGAGUUCAAAAGAGGAGGGACGAGAGCCACAGCUGGUCCAAGGCUGGGCUGGUCACGAGACCUUGGUCAAUCCAAUAACGAUCUGGACAUGCCGUUUGCUAAGUGGAGGAAAGAGCAAAUUUGCACCUGGCUUCAGGAACAGGGGCUGGGUUUUUACAUCGGCAAUGGAAAACAUUGGAUUCUGUCCGGUCAGACUCUCUUGCAAGCAUCCCAGAGUGAUUUAGAGAAGGAACUUGGAAUAAAGCACCCGUUACAUCGGAAGAAGCUACAACUUGCACUUCAAGCUUUGGGAUCUGAGGAAGAAAACAAUUAUGGGAAGUUGGACUACAAUUGGGUUACAAGGUGGCUGGAUGACAUUGGGCUGCCCCAGUAUAAGACCCAAUUUGAUGACGGGAAAGUGGACGGCCGGAUGCUUCACUACAUGACCAUCGAUGACUUGCUGUCUUUGAAAGUUCUGAGCGUCCUCCACCACCUGGGCAUCAAGCGAGCCAUCCAGGUCCUCCGAAUGAACAACUUCGAACCCAACUGUCUGCGCAGGAGACCCUCUGAUGAGAAUAACAUCACCCCAUCAGAGGUUUCCCAAUGGACCAAUCAUCGAGUUAUGGAGUGGUUGCGUUCUGUCGAUCUGGCCGAAUACGCUCCUAAUUUAAGAGGAAGCGGAGUUCACGGGGGUUUAAUGGUUCUGGAACCUCGUUUUAACGUAGAGACCUUGGCACAGCUGCUUAACAUCCCUCCCAACAAGACGCUACUGAGAAGACACUUGGCUACCCAUUUCAACUUGCUGAUUGGGAGUGAAGCUCAACAGGAAAAACGCGAAGCCAUGGAAUCUCCCGAUUACGUCCUUCUCACCGCUACUGCCAAAGUGAAGCCAAAGAAACUCACCUUCAGUAACUUCGGAAAUUUGAGGAAGAAGAAGCAGGACGACGGAGGGGAAGAGUACGUGUGCCCCAUGGAUUUGGGUCAGGUGGCAGGAAGUGGAUCCAAGAAGGGCUUUAAGCCGGGUUUAGAUAACAGAGUCUACGAUGAUGAUGAUCUGGACAGAUUGGAAGAGAUGGAAGAUUCCGAAGGGACUGUGAGGCAGAUUGGAGCGUUUUCGGAAGGCAUCAACAACUUGACUCACAUGUUGAAGGAGGACGACAUGUUCAAGGACUUGGCCACCCGUUCUCCGAGUGCCAGUAUCACAGACGAGGACUCGAAUGUGUGACAGGGGCAGCUGGGGACUUAUCUGGAGCCCUGCUGCUGUGUGUGAUGGACACCGCCCCUCGCCCAAAGUCAUCUUUUUUUGCUCCUGUCUGCAAGAACUGAGGGCAGAGAAGGGAGUGAACGUAAGACGUCUAUCAUCCAAGUUCUGGUAAACUGAUGAGAUGAGACGGAAGGACCUCCUGAGCCCUUUUCCCAACUCCGGCGUAGCAGCAAUUUGUGCCAUUCUUCUAAACAAGACUCUACAGCAUAAUGUUUUAGUGUGUACAAUGUGCCAUCAUGUCAUUUUCUUUUUACUCCAACAAUGCAAGAAAAAAAACCAACUAACCCUCUGGAGAUCUCUGACGUUAGCAUCCAUUGCCAAGAAAAAAUAACGUUUCCCUCUUUGAAUCAGCCCCGGGUUGAAAAUCUUGUGUGAUUUUUUUUUUUUUAAAUGCAGUUUUUUUAUGAGGAAAAAAAAAUGUAUUGAUUACAUAACGGGCCAGAUGUUUUUAUACUGUGAUGUGUUUUAAAGCC